AUGGUUGCUCCGUCUCCAAGGGCCCGCGGGAGCGGCGCUUCGCGAAGAUCCUGCGAAGGGGCUCUGCCUGCGCGCGCGCACCGGUCCGGCGGGUUGGCAGGCGAAGCGGUGGUGGCGAAGGUGACCGCGCUUCGACUGGAUGACGUGGCGGAGGUUUAUUCGUCGGAUGAAGAGUUUCUAGACAUGUUUUGCGAACGCGACUCCGACAUUCGCGAUGACUUACGCGAACAAGGAGUGCCCGACCACACUGGCGGCUCGCACGGCGUCGCAGGGCAACACUCGUCGACGGCGGUAGCAAGCCCCUCUGCGACUGGUGCGACUGUGUCCAAAUCGUCGUCGAUGUCGCAGUUGUCGCAGCGCUUCGUCAUACCGCAUUCGCACACCGUGCCACUUCCGCCGCCGUCUCCUGCGGGCGCGCGGAGGGCGCUGCGGAAGGCCUUUAGCCACAACGACGAGAAGAACGUCCGCGCGAUCGGCGGAAACGGUCGGCGCAACUCCCGCUUGGCGCAGGCGAAGGCGGGUGGCGCAACUCCCGCGCAUGCGAGCGGGUUUCACUGCUACGCGGUAGAGGAGUCCCCGCGCAUCCCCGCGCAUAGCUGCGCGGAAGGGCCCGCGGAAGAUCUCGCGGAAGGGCCCGCAGAAGGUCUUGCGGAAGUGUCCGCGCACAGAGGCUCGUGGGUUGAUCGCAACGAUGCUGGAGACGAUAACGCUACUUCGCGUGGCGGUUCGUGGAAUAAUUCUGACCGUUGGAUCGACGAUGCGGACGAUUGGAUGCCUCCCACGUCAAGACGGCAGCAGCAGCAGACGCAACAGCAACAGCAACAGCACCAGCAGCAGCAGCGGCGGGAUCUUCAAAAGCAGGGGUCGAUCCAGGGAAGUCGAGGCGCUUUAAGAUCCGGAAGCCGCGCCGCGGAUAGCGCCCAUCCCGUGCCGGCCGAUGCGGUAACCGGCGCAGCGGCGCAGAUCAACUCCGGAAUGGCGCAAACUCACCCCGCAGCGCGUUUCUCGCCACGCACGAUUCGCGAGACGACCGCGUCUAUAAGCGGACGAUCGCGCAGCUCGUCGGAUCUGCAGCGCGCCGCCAAUACCUCCGCGCUUCUCCCGCCGUUUCCCGCUUCCCCGUCCGCCGGUUCCCCAUCUGCCGCUUCCUCGUCCACCGCUUCCCCGUCCGCCGCUUCCCCUUACCCUGCAUUCCCAACCUCUCUCUCCACCCCCUCUGCGCGCCCCUCACUCGCUCUCGUCUCCCCUUCUUCCUCCUCUUCCGCCGGCCCCUCCCCUUCUUCCGCUUCCUCCUCCCCUUCAUUUUCCGCCUUCCCGCGACCUUCCGCGCUCGCAUGUCGUAUUACUAGACCCGCCGCCGCCAGUACUGCACGAUCCGCGGCGCGUGACGUGGCACCCGCAUCACCCCGCCGCCCGUCGGGGAUCGCGGCGGCAAUCGCGGCGCAGGCUGCGGCAGACGCAGCGGCGGCAAUUCCGUCCGACGUGGACUCGGACGAAGAAGCGAUGGGGAUUGUAAACGCGCUGCGGCGGACGCGCAGCAACCCGCGAUCUGCGCUGCCGUCGCGUCCGCCAGUGGUCUCUGCUGCGGGGAAAGGAUCCGCGCAAGGAUCCGCGCAGACGUUGCCCUUAGUCCGGAGCGGUUCGCAAAAAUCUGUUGAUGUUUGUGGCAGUGGGGGAGGAAACGGUGCUGACGUGUACGCGUCUGGUGCUGGCUGCAGUAACGAGUACAGUGCAAGCUACAGUGAAAAAAGUCACGGUGGAAGACAAGAAGGUACGGACUUGGAAGGGGGGGAAGGGGGGAAGGAGGAGGAGGAGGAGGAGGAGGAGGAGGAGGAGGAGGAGGAGGAGGAGGAGGAGGCGGCGGAGGAGGGGAAGGAGGGGGAGGGCCUGACACCCCAGCAGCUCUGCGGGAUAGCCGAAGCUGCUAGUCUGGUUCGGCAGGUGGUGAAGCUCGGGUUCCUGCUGCCGUAUCCCAAAGCCGACAACGUCAUCCCCGUGCGCCUUGCAGACGAAUGGAUCGCAGCAUCACGAGUGGCUCUGGAGGUGCUAGGCCCCAAAUACUCGGACGCCUUUGAUGUGGUGCCGCACAUUGCCAACUCCAACUGUGACCGGCAGGAGGCCAAGGAGGCUGCGCAGCUCCUACUCAGGGAUGGAGUGGUGGGAGUGGUGGGCCCGGCAUGCACGGAGGCAGCGUUGGGAGCAGCAGACGUUCUCGUGCCUGCUGGCGUUCCCAUCGUCUCAUUCGCUGCCACGUGGGAUGGAUUCAGAGACCGGGAGAGAUUCGGCAGCUUCUUCCGCACUGUCUUUGGCGACAGGCACCAGGCAGCAGCCAUGCGCUCCCUGCUUCAGGAGUUUGUGUUUGAUCGAGUCAUUCUGUUCUUCACAGAGGACACGUACGGCUCAGCGCUAGGUUAUGAUAUCGAGUAUUUCGCGCGCAGUGACAACCUCACAGUGCACAGCAUACCCGUUCCGGUGCCCUGCCUCAACUACUCCUCCCUCCUCCUCAACCUCUCCGACCCAAACCCUUCCAAGCCGCUCAUUCAAUCCGAUGACUCCACAGUGGUGGUCCUAGCGGUCUCACCCAACGCAGCUGAGGGCAUCUGGCGCGCUGCACUAGACCUGGGUCGGUUGGAAUACCCUUGGUGGUAUUUCGGGACGGAUGGAGCAGUGGCAUUCGAUCUGGUGGGGGAAGGCCAGAACCUGACAGCCUUAGCGUCAGCACUGCAAGGGGAGAUGGGGAUCGCUCCUUACAAGGGAGACUACUCGGACUCGUCCCCUAUAUGGGAAUACAUAAUGCACUGGCGGACCAAGCGCCAUGACAUCUACCCUGGAUUGCUCACUCUCGACGUCGGGCCCUCCCUCCCCCGAUUCAACACCACCCGCCAAUACGUGCCCUACCUCUUUGAUGCCGUUCACUCCUUUUUCGAAGCUUUUAGCAGCAUCAUCGCCGACCAGAAUGCAGCACCCACAAAGGAGCUUGUGCUGGCGUGCUUCAAAGGCGUGCCGCGGGGAUGCAUCAACUUCACGGGAACCACAGGACAG